AUGAGCACAGUACAGAGUAGAGCCCCUCAAACUUCAAAGGUUGCUCCAGCUUCGUUGGGAGCUUUCGGUAGCCACAAGACAGCACUAUUGGGCAGGACUGGUAUAAGGCGAUCGACACCGGAUUCAGAAGCCCUUGCUUCUUCAGACGACGAGACAGAACACUCCCGUCAGGUGCCUUCGUCCACCAGCGUGUCUCAACCUGCGAAACCUGCCCGUCGUACUUCUUGGCUGAACGAAAUCCCCUCUGCAUCAAGUAGAAAAGCGCCGAUACAACUGAAUAGUACAUACAGUCCAAACAGCUCUCUUCCGGCAACGCCAUCGGGAGAUCUGAGUGGCUGGACUCAACCUUCAGGCAGUCCAAAAAUGAGUGGUACCGCAGGUUGGGGGCCGGCGGCGAGCACCUCCUUUCCUUGGUCCUCCACUGGUAUCUGGAAUGAGAAUAGAAAGGAUCCUCCGGCAAGACUACAAGAAGUUCUAUCUUCCCCAACCGCUACGGAUGCACCUGGUGUGCCAUUACUUGCAAGCGACUCCCACAGUCCUUUGAAGAGCAGAGCACCAUUGAAGGACAAUGCAAUUCCUUUUUCCAUACCGUUGCAUCCGACUCCUAAGACCUAUCGAUCGCAAUCCUACUCAGUAGGUCAGCUGGAGCCGGAAUCAUUGAAUCCUGCGCUAUCCAGAUCCUCAGGAAACGUGCCUCGGGGACGUGGAGGUGGUCAAGCAGCAAUUCUACAGCACCGUGGGUCGAGGCCAAGUGUUCUGGGUGAUCUUGGGCAUGAUUCCGGACCUCUGGGAAGAGUACGUGAAGUUGAUGACGACGAUGAAAAUGAGAACAAUUCGGACAAUUCUCAAAACUUUUCGGUUUCCCAAGCCAGGACCAUUGAGCAGCUAACUCGAGAAAACGCACUUCUUAGACAAGCCGCAAGUGGUCAGUAUGAAAAGAAAUUCAGGGACAGGACUGGCUCUUCAAUCUCAGCAGUUUCUGCAAGUAGCAGCUUCUCUAAUUCGGUCGCCCCCUCAAGAACCAAUCGCAUAUUCAACAAUGGCCCCGAAGGUGGUGAUCUGGCGAUUGAGGAUCAGGAGGAUGUAGGAGGACGACCUGAAAAUGCAUCUCGCAGCGCCUUUAGAAGACUCAGCGAGCAAUUAUACAACAGUCUCGACAGACAACAACAAGCGGCCGCCCAAGUUGACAAUCGAAAUGCAGAGAGUGCAAAGCGCACACAGUGGCAGACCUCCCUAGGAUUUGGCAGCAUUCCCGAGAUACCACAAAGUCGGCGUCAUUCGUUUGCUGAUGUGCCAACUCGGCAAGGAUCUAUAAGCUCGGCCGGUAAGAGCCCUCUCCAAUUUCCCAUGGAUCUCCCGCGGACUAAGCCCACAGAACGAGACGAAGGGUACGGAACGUUUGGAGAGGAUGCCCAGGAAUCCCAAGGAGAACAUCGUGAGUGUACCCAGCUUUCUCCUCGUACUCUUCAGGAGCAAGACCUCGAACUUGAGCACUUACGUAAUCGUCAAUUUGCAGCUUCGUACUUCUCCGGUCCCGAUCUCGGUCGAGUCCCGCAAGCAGGUUCAUCUCUCCAUCAUGCCUACACUUCUCCCAACACGUACGGGCGGGCCCACCAUCUCGACCAUCAGACACAACCUCUCUUUAUAGUCACAUUCAAGUGUUGUCGAUCCGAUGUUUUCUACAUCCAGGAAGGUACCGGGUUGCAAGUCAAACCCGGAGAAUUGGUCAUCGUUGAAGCUGACCGAGGCACUGACCUGGGCACAGUGGCACAUGCUGACAUCGGCUGGGAAGAAGCGCGGCAGCUGAAAGAGUAUUAUGCCGAGGAACACUAUAAGUGGCUGAUGUUGUUCUCACGACAGAGUCAGACGGGCGGCCCCAACGCCGUCAACCCUAACGGCUUGGGGGUGAAUGGCGCUCCUGGCAGUGCCGUCGGUGGAAUGGGCCCGCCUGGAGUGCACGGGCCUCAAGAUCAACAAUCUGGAGAGCUGAAGCCCAAGCUCAUCAAACGUCUGGCUCAGAAUCAUGAAAUCCAGACCUUGCGUGACAAAGAAGGAAACGAAGCGAAAGCGAAGAGAGUCUGUCAACAAAAAGUUGUCGAGCACAGACUCAACAUGGAAAUACUGGACGCAGAGUUUCAGAUGGACUGGAAGAAACUUACCUUCUAUUACUUUGCUGAUGCCUAUAUCAAUUUCAACUCUCUGGUGACAGACUUGUUCAAGAUCUAUAAGACCAGGAUCUGGAUGUCUGCCAUUAAUCCGGCAUCAUUUGUUACACCAACUUCCUCGCUGAACGUGCCGCCUCCUUUUUCAGCCUUGAGCGUGCAUGGUGGGCGUAGUAGUCCUACAGGGCGCCGUCGCCACCCAGCACACAGUCUCACGCAAAGCUCGGCUGGAGAAUAUGCCGAUCCUACCGAUCACACUCGCGGCAGCUUGGCUGCCUCCCAGGGCACUAACCUUCGGAACGCGUACCCCAGUCCCUAUCAGGGCCUGAGCCUUGCGAGUGGUAUACAACAGCAAAGUCAUGAUAUGGCUGGUAUGUCACAUGCUAUGUAUAGCCAUCUCGGCUCGAGCGACGCAUUCACACCAUUUACGGGACACCAGUAUGCGAUGCUCGAUCCGAAUGCCCCCACGUUCUCUACAUCCCAGCGUGCAUUCUCCCGACCCCAGCAGGGAGAAAGAUCGCCCGGGCAGGACUGGACGGGAAAUUUCCGGAGUUUGACGCUGGGUGGGGCCUAA